UGCUUUUUCUCCGUCUCCAUUGCAUCUGCUCAGUGCAGACCGGCGGAGCUGUUUCAUGUCACAAAGACAUUGCUGCACACAUCCCCCCAGGUAAUGGGGGAGGAACCAUCCACAGCUGGCUGUGAUCAGUUUGCGUGUCACUUUGCGGAUAAAGUCGCUCGCAUCCAUGCUGAUUUGGACUCCAGAGUUUUGGCAGUUCCGGCAGACAUUCCUCUGGUACUAUUGUAUUGGAUUCUUUUCAGUUAGUACAGCCUGAGGAUGUGGACAAGAUCCUGGGCAGUGUGUGGGCGACAUCGUGUGCUCUUGACCCUUGUCCUUCAUGGCUAAUAAAAACUGCCAGGGAGGGGGCAGGUAGAUGGUUGGAGGGGAUUAUCAAUGCCUCAUUAAGGGAGGGCAAGAUGCCAUCGUGCCUCAAGGAGGUGAUGGUGAGACCAUUAUUUAAAAAGCCCUCCCUUGAUUCCUCCAACCUGAACAACUAUAGACUGGUCUCUAACCUGCCCUUUUUGGGCAAGGUGAUAGAGCGUGUGGUGGCGUCCCAGCUGCAGAGGGUCUUGGAUGAUACGGAUUAUCUGGACCCUUUUCAAUCUGGCUUCCGCCCCGGAUAUGGGAUUGAGACUGCCUUGGUCGCUCUAGUGGAUGACCUAUGCCAGGAACUAGACAGGGGGAGUGCGUCCCUGUUGGUUCUGCUGGACCUCUCGGCAGCGUUCGAUACCAUGGUAUCCUUCUGGGCCGCCUCUCGAGUAUGGGAAUCGGAGGUACUGUGUUGCAGUGGUUCCAGUCCUUUCUUGGAGGGAGGGUCCAGAAGGUGGUGCUGGGGGACUACUGUUUGGCUCCGUGGCCAUUGGCCUGUGGGGUCCUGCAGGGUUCGGUCUUAUCCCCCAUGCUGUUUAACAUCUACAUGAAACCGCUGGGAGAGGUCAUCCGGGGAUUUGGACUGAGUUGUCAGCAAUAUGCGGAUCACACUCAGCUCUAUCUCUCCUUAUCACCUGAUCCUAGGGAGGCAGUGGAUGUCCUGAAUCGGGGUCUGGAGGCCGUGAUGGGUUGGAUGUGGGCUAAUAAACUGAAAUUGAAUCCAGACAAGAUGGAGGUAAUAUUGGUCAGUAGGAGAGCCAAUCGGGAUAAAGACAUUUUACCGGUUCUGGAUGGGGUAGCACUCCCCUUGAAGGAGCAAGUACGCAGCUUGGGGGUAUUACUGGACCCAGCUCUGCUUUUGGAAGCUCAAGUGGAGGCGGUGGCCAGGGGUGCCUUUGCACAGUUUCGGCUAGUGCGCCAGCUGCGUCCCUUUCUCAAGAAGGCAGAUCUGGCCACAGUUACCCAUGCCUUAGUCACGUCAAGGCUGAAUUAUUGUAACACGCUCUAUGUGGGGCUGCCCUUGAAGAACAACCAGAAACUGCAGCUAGUGCAAAAUGCGGCAGCUAGGGUUUUAUCCAGAGCUGCCCGGUGGGAGCACAUCACACCCAUUUUGAAAGAGCUGCACUGGCUACCAGUUUGUUUCCGGGUCCAAUUCAAGGUGCUGGUUUUGACCUUUAAAGCCCUAAACGGUUUGGGCCCGGGAUACCUGAGGGACCGCCUGCUCCCAAGGGUUGCUGCCCACUUGACAAGGUCAUCUGAGGGGGCUCUGCUCUGGGUGCCGACAAUGAGGGAGGCUUGGUUGUCGUGCACGCGGGACAGGGCCUUCUCUGUUGCUGCCCCCAGACUCUGGAAUGCUCUCCCAGUGGUUAUUCGCUCCUCAGUUUCCAUCACAGCUUUUAGAAAAAACGUAAAAUCUUGGCUUUUUGCCCAGGCAUUUAUUUGAUUCUCUGCUGCUGCUCCUUAUAAUCUUUAUUGCUUUUAUGCUUUUUGUUUUAAAUUUUUUAAUCAGAUUUGUUUAAUAUUUUUCCCCCCACUUAAUAUUUUAAUUGUGUCUUUUUUACCAUCUUGUGUUAAAAAUUUUUUGCUGUAAACCACCUUGGGAUUGCUUUAAUGAAAGGCAGUAUAUAAAUUUUACAAUCAAUCAAUCAAUCAAUCAAUCAAUCAAUCAAUCAAUCAAAGUCACUGCAUGGUCAAUAUUUGCACAAUAUAACUGGAAAAUCAGACAUCACCAAGACCUGGCAAUGGCUUAAGAAUGGCAACUUGAAGAAAGAAACAGAGGAUUUAGUACUGGCUGCACACGAACAGGCACUAAGAACAAAUGCAAUAAGAGCAAAAGUCGAAAAAUCAACACCAAGCCACCUUUGUAAAGAAGCAGAUGAAACAGUGGACCACCUAAUCAGUGGUUCUAAAAAGAUUGCACAGACUGACUACAAACAAAUGCAUGACAAGGUAGCAUGGAUGAUACACUGGAACAUCUGCAAAAAAUACAAGCUACCUGUAGCCAAAAAUUGGUGGGACCAUAAAAUUGAAAAAGUUGAAGAAAAUGAAGAUGUAAAAAUAUUAUGGGACUUCCGACUAAAAACAGACAAACAUCUGCCACACAACACACCAGAUAUAACUGUAGUGGAGAAGAAAGAAAAACAAGUCAAAAUAAUCGACAUAAGGUAGCAAUACCAGGGGAUAGCAGAAUAGAAGAAAAAGAAAUAGAAAAAAAUCACCAAAUACAAAGAUCUACAAAUUGAAAUUGAAAGGCUGUGGCAGAAAAAGACCAAAAUAAUCCCAGUGGUAAUUGGCGCCCUGGAUGCAGUUCCAAAAGACCUUGAAGAGCACCUCAACACCAUAGGGGCCACAGAAAUCACCAUCAGUCAACUACAAAAAGUAACUUUACUGGGAACAGCCUAUAUUCUGCGACGAUAUCUAUAACAGCAACAACAUUGACAAUAUUAUAUUUAUUAUUAUUAUUAUUAUUAAUUUGAUUUCUAUACCGCCCUUCCAAAAAUGGAUCAGGGCGGUUUCCUCAGAGAAAUAAUAAAUAAAUAAGAUGGCUCCCUGUCCCCAAAGGGCUCACAUUUUAAAAAACACACAAGAUACACACCAGCAACAGUCACUGGAGGUUCUGUGCUGGGGGUGGAUAGGGCCAGUUACUUUCCCCCUGCUAAAUAAAGAGAAUCACCAUGGUAAAAGGUGCCUCUUUGCCCAGUUAGCAGGGCAUAUUGAGUUUCAGGUUAUCUGUGUGCCUUUUCACCUCUGAAUUACCAUGCUGACUUUAGGUAAUCUGCGUCUUCCAUAUGCUUGACAGACCGUGCCUUCUCUCAAAAAGCUGACCCUUCAUAACAAUCACUUCAAUGGCAGAGUAAUCGGAUUAUUCUGGAAAUAAAAGGCAACUUCAGGAGCAAAUUCCAGCUGUAAGAUUUUGUUGCCAAGGCAGAAAGCUACAAGGAAAACCACAACCUUGCAGGAAAUACCUAGUUACUAAGUGAAUAAAUAUACAAAGGUGGUGGUGGUGGACAAUCUGAUAAACUAAUGGCAAUGGAAUGUUGUUUAAUUGAAAAGGAAAACAAUAAAUUCAAAUGUGAUAGAAAAUAAAUUAAAAUGUUUGGCCUGGUUUUCCAGGGUUUUAAAACUGUUUUAAAUGUUAAUUGAUUUUAUAUUGUUUUUAUAGUUUUUGAUUUUAACUGUUAAUUUAUUUUAAUUGUUUUUAUUUUAAUGUAAACCGCCCUAGGCCAUAUUUGGAAGGGCAGUAUAGAAAUCAAAUAAAUAUAUAAAUAAAUAAAAUAUUUUCCUGCU